AUGGCUCCAGUUGCAAGAUCUUUUAGCCGGCUAGCGUUGUCGUGCCCCAGACAAGCUACUUCAAGACGCACCACGUCCCUACACACACAGCAGCCAUGCUCGAUAUUUAACCGACAGAGACGACAGCCAUUUUCUGGAGCUUCUACACAACUAUCCCCGAGAAGUGAAGCUCAAGAAUCCGGCAAUACAGCACUUGAUUCAGGGAUUCCGCCUGAUCUGCAGAGGCAAAUCAAACAGGAAGUCCAUAGUACCAUUCGUGAACUUCGCAGAGAGGCGCCAGCUCUUGAUACUCGGUCCACAAAGAAGAAGUUUGGCUACUGGAGUUCUGGUGAGAAUGAUGAGCUCAUGUUGCAGGUGGAGGACGGUGACGAUGUGUUUGGCGAGGAUGAUAUAACGGCCAUGGCGCAUGCUGAGCUCGAGGAACACCGCGAGCUCAGAGAAUAUGCGCGUGUCACAGCCUGGGAUAUGCCUUCAUUGAGCGCUCUUGCGAAACCGUUCACACUUCCUCCGCAAACCCAUAUUCUUCGUUUCCGACAGACUACCUACUUGGGUGAAACGCAUCCCGCGGAAACAAAAGUAGUUGUCGAAUUAUGUUCCAAAGAUCUCACACCGAAGCACCUCACCGAAGAGCAAAGAAUCACCCUUCUAAAGCUCGUUGGACCACGCUACAACCCAGACUCAGACAUCAUCCAUAUGUCUUGUGAGAAAUUCCCUACUCGUGCCCAAAACAAGCGAUAUCUCGGCGACCUAGUCAACACACUCAUCAAGGAGGCAAAGGAAGGCGACUCCUUUGCUGAUAUACCAUUGACUUUCCCCCACCACAAGCCCAAGAAGAGCUACGUAUUCCCAGAAUCAUGGAAAGUGACCGAGAAAAACCAGAAGCAAAUAGAGGAAGCAAGGAAUCAGAUCGAGGAUGUUAUGUCCAAGAAAGGAGUUGUAGAUGGGAACGAAGUUAUUGCGCAGGCCGCGAAGACGAUUCCUGCCCUAGGCUCGAUGGGCCAGCUUGAGGCGCAAACAGUAACGGUGAAGAAGGGGCAAAAGGUCCGGGGGCCGAAGGGAAGAAAUUAA